AUGGCGAAUAGUAAUGAAAAUACAGAUGAUGUUGAAAUGCUUGACAUUAGUUCUUCAAUGUCAAAAGAAAAUGAUGUACCUAUACAAUCGAAAAUACCAGAUGCUGUUCCUAAAUCGACAUUAAUAAAACAUACACCAUGGCUUGAAAAAUAUCGACCAACAAAACUAAAUGAUAUUGUAGGAAAUGAAGAAGCAGUUUCACGUCUUAGUCAUUUUGCACAGCAAGGCAAUUUACCUAAUAUAAUUAUAUCAGGUCCACCUGGUUGUGGAAAAACAACAAGUGUUCUUUGUCUUGCAAGACAAAUGUUAGGUGAUGCAUUUCGUGAAGCUGUCCUUGAAAUGAAUGCAUCGAAUGAUCGUGGUAUUGAUGUUGUGCGUACAAAGAUAAAAAUGUUCGCACAAUCGAAAGUAUCUUUACCUAAAGGACGACAUAAGAUAAUUAUUCUUGAUGAAGCCGACAGUAUGACAGAAGGUGCACAACAAGCAUUACGUCGAACAAUGGAAUUAUAUUCUAAAACAACACGAUUUGCUCUUGCUUGUAAUGCAUCAGAUAAAAUAAUUGAACCAAUUCAAUCUCGAUGUGCAAUGUUAAGAUAUUCAAAAUUAAAUGAUGAACAAUUAUUAAAACGUUUAGUUGAAAUAACUAAAUUUGAACAAGUUUCAUAUACAUCAGAAGGUCUCGAAGCAAUUAUUUUUACAGCUCAAGGUGAUAUGAGACAAGCGAUUAAUAAUCUUCAAUCAACUGUAUUUGGAUUUGGUCAUGUUAAUAGUGAAAAUGUAUUUAAAGUUUGUGAUGAACCACAUCCAAUUCUUAUUCGUGAUAUGAUUGAAAAAUGUAUUCAAAGUGAUCUCGAUGAAGCUUAUAAAGCAAUGAAUCAUCUUUGGAGAUUAGGUUAUACAGCUGAAGAUAUUCUUUCUGUGAUAAUGCGUGUAACAAAAACUUAUCAAAUGAGUGAAUUUAUGCAAUUAGAAUUUAUUCGAGAAAUUGGUCUUACAUAUAUGCGUGUUAGUCAAGGUGUUGAAUCCCAGUUACAAUUAUCUUCAUUACUUGCUCGAUUAUGUCAACGAGCGAGUUCAAAUUCUCAUUAG